UACACCUUACAAAUUUUUUGGUGAUUUUAUUACAAGUUUGUCCAAAAACGAACCUAAUAUGAGUAAUUCAGCCCUUGGAGCAAGUUUGAUUAAAAAACACUGGUCCUUAGGUCUUCUUACUGAUAUGAAUAAUCCCGAGGCCAAGUUAAAAGAAGACGAUCAAAUUGUUGUUAUCAAAGACAAAUAUCCAAAGGCUCGUCAUCACAUUUUGAUUUUGCCAAAAAAAAAUAUUGCUGACCUUACUGCAGUAACAAGGGAUGAUUCAAAAAUUCUCUAUCAUAUGGAUGCAGUGGCGAGAGAAUUUGUUAGUCGACACAAUGAAUAUGAGUUCAAAGUUGGUUAUCACGCUGUUCCAAGUAUGAAACAAUUGCAUUUACAUGUUAUAAGUACAGACUUCGACAGUCCUUGUCUAAAAACAAAAAUUCAUUGGAACUCUUUCAAUACCGCAUUUUUCAUUUCUUCGACAGUUUCUCUAAAAUUGACUACAGGAAAUAAAAAUAUGCAAUCGUAUCAAAAAAAUCACAAUCUGUAG